UUAAUUUCAGCCUACAUCUUUCCACUAAUUUCCUCAUUCUCAGUACUUCUCUUCACCCAACCAAAAUGCAGAACCAACCAGAGAGGAAAAAUGUCCAUGCCAAGUACGAAGAGGAAAAAGAACAAGAACAAGAGCAAGAGAAGAAGAGUACUACUGAUAAGCAAAAUGAAAUUCCAUUAAUGGCGUUGAACCACGUAUCGAGACUUUGCAAGAAUGUGAAAGAAUCAGUAGAUUUCUACACUAAAGUUCUUGGGUUUGUAUUGAUUGAGAGGCCGCAAGCUUUUGAUUUUAAUGGAGCUUGGUUGUUUAACUAUGGCGUUGGGAUUCAUCUGGUUCAAGCUAAAGAUGAAGAUAGAUUACCCAGUGAUACUGAUACCCUCGACCCUAUGGACAACCAUAUUUCUUUUCAGAGCGAAGACAUGGAGGGAAUGGUGGAAAGGGUGAAGCAGUUGAACGUAAAAUAUUUAAAGAGAACGGUAGGAGAGGAAGAAGGAGCAGCUAUUGAUCAACUAUUCUUCAGGGAUCCAGAUGGACACAUGAUUGAGAUAUGCAAUUGUGAGAAUGUGAAGUUGAUCCCUCAACGUUCCAUUGGCCGCAUCAAACUUCCUUUUGAUCGUCACAUCCCUCCUCUUGAGUUGGGAAAAAAAGAUGAUGCCAAUGCUGCCAAAGCUUAAAGGAAGAUGCUUACUGUUAUGUUUUUUAAUUUGAUUUUGGAUGUAGCUUCUAAUUUAUUAUAUUAUUCAAGAUUUGAGUAAUGUCUUCUCAAGUCUCGAUUUGGUUCCUAUCGUCUAAUCUAUUGCUUCUCUUA